GAUUGUGCUGACUGAACCUAGAAUUUCAACUACUGCCAAGUAACCGAUUGCAUCAGUGACCAUACUCUUCUCUGAUUCGCUUAUGAUUUUGGCAUAUUUGUUGUCAUAGAACUACAAAAAAAAAAAAAAAAAAAAAAAAAAAUCAGCGAGAUCAGAACUUAUUUCUACGCAGAAAUUUUUUAAUAUAAAUGUAAUAUAUAUAAUAAUAUUGAAAUAUAUAAUAGUUACAUAAAGCUAGUACUACACAAUGCACAUUUAGUAUAACUAUCGGCUGGCACACUGAAUGCAGGAGUGUGCACUGUGCACAUAGGCUAACUGGGUUCUUAAUAAAGAAUAAAAGUCAGUGCGGCAGUUUUUUUUUUAUGUUUGACCUAUUAAGACAAAAAUAGCAUGUUAAAACAUUGUGUUAAAACAUAUUAAAAAAAACUUUCAUGCCUGAGUAUAGCAACGAAUAGCAUCAGAUGCGAAAUGCACUGCAAUGAUAAUUUCAGUUUCGAUUUUAAAGCGGGGGAACAAGGAAGACAUAUAUCCGUUGCAGGUAGUCAUAUUAACUGAAAAUGGCUCUUCUAGACGUUUGUGGAAUAUCAGACUGGGUGAAAGAAGAUUCUUUCAGCCCAGAGAAUGCUUCACUUGACAGAGUUAAUCACUUUAAUUUCGCAGCACGAGAGCCAGAGUUGGCAGUUCCGAUCGGAGUGGACCCAGCAGAGUUUCUAAAACCUUUUACGGACUGUGAGGAUGGGGUUGAGGGGGUCACCAUUAAGCUGGAACAUGGCACCACCACUCUGGCCUUUAAAUUUCAGCAUGGGGUAAUGGUGGCUGUGGAUUCAAGAGCUUCUGCAGGGUCUUACGUUAGCACUCAGAUGUUCAAGAAGGUGAUUGAGAUCAAUCCCUACCUACUGGGAACCAUGUCUGGAAGUGCAGCAGAUUGUGUGUACUGGGAGAGGGUCCUGGCCAGAGAGUGCAGGAUUUACAAGCUGAGGAACAAGGAAAGGAUUUCUGUAUCUGCUGCCUCUAAGCUGCUGGCUAAUAUGGUAGCAAAUUAUAGGGGCAUGGGUCUUUCUAUGGGUACCAUGAUCUGUGGCUGGGACAAGAAGGGUCCUGGGUUAUACUACGUUGAUGACAACGGGUUAAGGCUGAGCGGGAACAUGUUCUCCACGGGGUCUGGGAACCCUUAUGCCUAUGGUGUGAUGGACAGUGGUUAUCGUUAUGACCUGACGGUGCCAGAAGCCUAUGAUUUGGCCCAGCGAGCUAUAUUUCAUGCCACACACAGAGAUGCUUACUCUGGAGGAACAGUGAACAUGUACCACAUGCAAGAGACCGGCUGGAUUAAAGUCUCUCAGGAGGAUGUUGGGGACCUGUAUCACCGUUUUGCUGCAGAGAAAAAAUAAGAAUUGCCAUUUACACACUUUUAGUUGUUGAUUUACAGUAGUGAAUAUACAAUAAACACUAUGAAAAACAAA